CUCACCCAGCAUGCAUGCCUAUCAGCGUGAAAAGAUGAAGGAGGAGAAGAGGAAGAGUCUGGAAGCCCGACAAGAGAAACUCAGGCAGCUUGUGCUGGAGGAGCAGGACUUGCUGGCCAAAGAACUGGAGGAGCUGAGACUAAGCAUGAACUCGCGGGAAAGAAAAAUCCGAGAGCGACACAUAAAUCUGAAAUUAGCCCAAGAAGAGCAAAGGAAACUGAUUGCUGAACAACUUUUGUAUGAACACUGGAAAAAGAAUCACCCAAAACUUCGAGAGAUCGAACUGGACCUUCACAAGAAGCAUGUGGUAAACUCUUGGGAAAUGCAGAAAGAAGAAAAAAAACAGAAAGAAGCCACUGAAGAGCUAGAGAACAAACGGCAUGAAAAUGAAUAUGAAAGGACACGCAGGGAAGCGCUGGAACGGAUGAAAGCUGAAGAGGAGAGGCGGCAACUAGAGGAUAAACUACAAGCCAAGGUGUUGCUCCAGCAGAUGGAGGAACUGAAGCUGAAGGAGGUGGAGGCGGCCAAACUGAAGAAGGAGCAGGAAAAUCUGUUGAAGCAGCGGUGGGAGCUGGAGAGGCUGGAGGAAGAGAGGAAGCAGAUGGCAGCCUUCCGGCAGAAGGCAGAGCUAGGGCGCUUUUUGAGACAUCAGUAUAAUGCACAACUUAACAGACGUACACAGCAGAUCCAAGAGGAGCUGGAAGCAGACAGGCGACUCCUGGAGGCACUCCUUGAGAAGGAUGAUGAGACCCAGCGUGUUCACCUGGCCCGGAGGGAGCAGGCCAUGGCUGAUGUGGCCUGGAUGAAGCAGGUCAUUGAGGAGCAGCUGCAGCUGGAGAAGGCGCGGGAGGCAGAGCAGCAGAUGCUGCUGAGGGAGGAGGCCAAGGAGAUGUGGGAAAAGAGAGAGGCAGAGUGGGCACGAGAGCAGAGCGCGAGGGACAGACUGAUGUCUGAGGUUCUGACAGGGAGACAACAACAAAUACAAGAAAAGAUUGAACAAAACCGAAGGGCACAAGAGGAAUCCCUGAAACACCGGGAGCAACUCAUCCGAAGUCUUGAGGAAGCAAGAGAGUCAGCUCAUCGUGAAAAAGAGGAGAGUGAAGAACUGAAAUCAGCCAGAAAACGAGAGCUGGAAGCUCAGGUUGCAGAGCGCCAGCUGCAGGCAUGGGAAGCAGACCAGCAGGAGGAGGAGGAAGAAGAGGAGGCCAGACAGGCAGAGCAGCUCACCGACGCCCUGCUGCAGCAGGAGGCGAGGACAAUGGCUGAGCAGGGCUACCGUCCUAAGCCUCACGGACAUCCUAAAAUUGCUUGGAACUGACUUCACUGGUACCAUAAACUCAGAGAACAAGGAUGCUGAGGUUUUGGGUAUACAGCUGUCACACAGUUGUAUCGUCCUGCUGUAGUCAGGACACUGUCAUAUAGUUCAGUGAUGCCUGAAGGUUUUUGGUAUACUGCUGUCACACAGUUGUAUCGUCCUGCUGUAAUCUAGGACAUUGUCAUAUAGUUCAGCGAUGCCUGUUCAGGUACGUGAUUAAAAGCCUUAGGGUAUGGCCAGACAUAAAAGUGUUGUGGAUUUGCAAUACCCUGCAAGAUGCUCUUUUCUGCUUUUCUUAUCCAAGAAUGAAGAAAGGGUCUUUUGUAAGCACAUAUGUACAGUGGUGUCAAGUAAUCUUAUAAUCUGUAAAUAAUGUAAGAUUCUAGUCGAUACUAAGAGCUACAAGUAGUAUCAAGUCAUUAGGGUACAUGGUUUCCUAUUAUCUCACCCACUGUCAAGUAGUCUUAUGUAUUUAUAAAUAAUGUAAGAUUCUAGAUCAGUACUAAGAGCUACAAGUAGUAUCCCAACAGGGAUAGGAUGAUUGCCUAUUAUUUCACCCUUAAUUGUCAAUCUCCAGUGAAGACUCUAGCUAGAGAUGAGAGGGACAUAGUUCAAUUUUAAAAAUUGGUAUUUAUUCUAUUGAAAACAAAUUUGCAGGUCUUGGCAUAGUUUAUUUCAGGGUUUAUUAAUUUACUGGUCCCAAAAGGAUCAUGUCUUUUGUAUUCUGGAAGACAAGAACUAUGAACAAACAAGACCCCUGAGACAGUCUGAUGUGGUCCAUGGUUGAUUUCCAGCACUGUGUGUGGGUGAGUGAUCCCAAUAUGUAUGUUACAGAACCUCAGAAGGUCACAUGGUUGGCUAAACCUUUUAAAGGUAGCAGUGAUACCUGGGACCUCUAGUGUCUUGGGAAGUUCUUGGCUGUGACCAGCCUUCUGGGAUUUAUGUGCCCAGAGAAGGAGGUACUGAAUCUGAAGAAACUAGAUCAGACUCAGAGCUACACACUCGGCCAAAAAAUUCUCUCCCACAUCAGUGUGCAUAGUUUUGGAUUAAUCUCUACAGAUACCUACAAGUUCCUUACAGCAAUAAUCAUAUUUUUAUGACUUGUAUUUUUUCCAUUCUAUCCUCUGAAGUUUCAGUUUUCAUUACAUUGUGUCCAGGACUCUGUAUCUCAGUAAAUUACAGCUAAUUACAGGGCAUUAUUCCAUGGUUAUUAAAUUAAAAACCACAGUUUGUUAAAAAUCCUAAGUCUAAGGGCUAUAUUACCUUUCACUUUCAUUGUGCUAUAGAAACAUUGAACUGCAAACUAUGUCCUUAAUCUGUUUUUUAUUUCUUUGUCUUAAAAUUCUUUGGCUGUGAUCCCUUGAGCACUGCUUUCAUUAUGCGUGCUUGUAUUGUUUUAGAUGUUCAUUUAUUGUGAAAUAAAGAUCUGGUUUGAUGGCAUUGCUUCCAGGCUCUGUUACUGUAGCUCUAUUUAUUACUGCAAAAUGAGUUG